UAUAAAAAGAGCAACGCUGCUGAAAGUCGUCUUACUUGGUGCUGAACAGCAUCGAGACCGUUCCGAAGCCCGGUCACCCUCGAUCGCCAUGUCCAAGAAAUUCGCGGGACCAGCGUACAAUCACUGUAACACGUAAAAACAAUCACCGAGUGUAAAGCUACGGAAACCGUCAUGUCGAAGAUAUACCAAGUGAUCCUGACGAUUUUCUCGCUUCUUCUUGCCCCGUCGAUUGCUCUGUUGUUUCUGUGCCUGUAUCUUUAUCGCCGUGUGAUCGACCUCGUCCUAAGGGCGCAGCUGAAGGAGAAAUACGCGGGCCUCCUCGACGGAGCCGACAGCAUCUGGGCCAUCGAAGAGCCCUCGGCCCUAGCCGUGAACAAUAUCCUCUUGAUAUUCGAGAAGGAUGCUCGGCAUUCGAACACGAACUUCCUGGACAGCUUCAGGGAGCUGGUCAGAACGCGUCUCCUCCCUUCGGUGCACGAGAAGCUUCUGUACAAGAGGAAGAAGAGGUUCGGUUACUACUAUUGGGAGAGGACCGAUGAGAUCGACCUGAAGGAGCGAGUCAGGUGGUUGGAGUACGAGAGGGCAAGUUGCGACGGGUCCUGCGACAGCGUUUACAACGGCCACUUGAAGAGGAUCCUCUGGAACGUCUGCAACCAGCCGCUUCCGGAGGAGCACACCGCCUCCUGGGAGAUCCUGGUCGGCAAAUGCUGUCCUAGGUCGAGCCAUCAUUACCUGCGGCGACUGGAGGAACGUCUGGCCAGCAAGAUCAAGAUUCCCGUCCUCUUCAGGGUCCACCAUUCCCUGGGCGACGGCAUGGCUCUGCUGAAGUUCUUCAAGGAGGUGAUCGUCGACAAGGAACCGGCCCAGGAGACAUACGUGCACUUGGAGCACACGAGUUUCAAGAUGAAGAGCCUGGAACCGAAGAAGAUCAAUUCUGUGAAGCCUUCUCUGAUCGGCGACAGAAGCCUGCAGACCUGCCUGCAGAGGGACGUCAUGUCCGCUACCAUGCCGUUCAUCCACUUCAUGAUGUUCUCCCAAGCCGCCAAGACGUUGACGACACAGUUCUCGAAGGGGGCGAAGUCCCUGCGAAAUCUCACCUUGGAAGAGGCGAGAAGCAAGCUGAAAGUACUUUCAGACAACGAGAUGGAGAGGCUGGUCGUUCUUCUUCGGAAUCUCUGGAAGAACCUAAAGGGACUGGCAAGGUUAACGAAGAUCAUCAUUGGGAGUCCUGCUUGCUUGAUCGCUCAGGCUUUCCGCAGCAUGGAUAAAAGCGCGCUCCACGGGGCGGAGAUGACAGGCGAGAAGCUCGUCUCCUACUGGCUGGAGGACGAUUUCAAGAACAACUACGACCAGAGGCUCUUCACCAAGAUUCAGAACAUAAAGAGCAUCACUGGCGCCAGAUUCGGGGACGUUAUACUCGCUGCUCUGUCCGUUAGCUUACACAAACACUUCGUUCGUACGAAGGAACCGACCCCGGACGCGAUCAGCGUGAUUCUCCCAGCAAAGAUAGAAGAUUGGAGCGAAGACGUCCCUCUGAAGAACAAUAUUUCCGUCGGGAUAUUGCCGCUCUGCAUCUCGAGGAUAGGCGGCAAGGCGUCCGCGAAUCCUGUCGAGAACUCCCAAAUCUUGGAACGGCUCGAGGACGUCAGGUGCGCGCACGAUGCGCUCAAGAAGAGCACCGACUACAUGGUCAACUUCUUGGUGAUGAAGUUCCUGUCGGCCGUGCUUCCGGAGGCGUUCAUGCGACCGGUGAUCAAAAGUCACAGCACCAUAGUCUUCAGCAACUUGGUCGGUCCACGGGAAGUCAAGGUGCUCGGCCAUUCGGUGAAGAAUAUCGCAUUCUGGAUACCGAACAGGGUCGACACAGGAAUAGGCUGCUCGUUGGUGACCUAUCGAGGCUAUCUGCACCUGUCCCUGAUCGCCGACAAAGCCCUGGUACCGAACGAGAAAGCUCUCACGCAGAUACUGGAGAGCACCGUGCAGGAGAUCGACCAUCUCUACGACAAACUGACGUUGUCGUUCUUCUCGAAGAAGCUCCGCAGGAGCAUGUCAACGCCCACGAAAAAAGGAAUCGGCGUGUUGUAAAACUACGGAGCAGGAAGUCCCCUGGACGCACGGCUUUUUUUGUAAUCGUGCGAGUGUACAAGCGCUGUCUCUGCGCGAAAGAUUUUUUUACUGUAAACACGAGAAUCAUAGAAAUACUUCACAUUGUUGA